AUGGCGAUAUAUGAAAAAUAUGUAAAAAAACGGAUUCCGACUUUCAAUCCUAGAAGAUGGAUUAUAAAAUAUGAAAUGCUGAAAACAUUUGUUAAGCUUUAUGAAGAUAUCUCUACAUUUUUCGAAUUUUGUAGAAAUCAAGGUAAGCCAAUUCAAAAUGAGUUGAGCAGGAAAGAUUCUGAACUGGCAGAAUUGUUAUUAGAUAUUAUAUCGCCUUUUGAUAGUUUCACUAAGUGUGUGUCAUCGAACAAAAGUCUGUCACCUGUUUAUAUUCGUAUACUAGUUUUUCUAAGGAAAACUAUCAAAGAAUCCAAUGAUAAACUUAAGAAAAUGGGAGACACGAUAUCUGAUUUCUCACCAGCGAUCAAUUUGGUGGACAAAUAUUUAAAGCAAGCAAAAUAUAACUUUCCUUUACUAUAUACAUGUUCAUCAUUUUGUCCCUUUGAAGAUGACGUCUCAGAUUAUUCUAUUAGCCAAUUCGAUGAAAAGUUAGAACCAGCUAAUGACUUCACUGAAAUUGCAAUUAAAUUAUGCCAGUUUGAUUUUGAGAAAUCUGCGACUCCAGGUAAAAAAUCUAAAUAUGGUUAUAUGUGGGAAAGAAAAUAUCUGAAUGGCAUCGAACAUACAUAG